AUGAGCAUCUCUCGCAGAAGCAGAGACCACAGAACGUCCAAGUACCUCCCCCCUGAGCUGGAGAAUGAGCUGAAGGUGCACGUCUUCAUUCAAGAAGCCCUGGCCUCCAGCUAUCUCAGCGGUCCACAACUCAUCAUCGGAAACGUGGAUUCGGGCUGUCACGCCGUGUUCCACGAGAAUGAAGACGGCACCCGGUUCUACUUCCACCAUGCCAGGAUGGUGUAUGGCACAGGGUGCCGCUGCAUCGCCAAGGGCGAGAGAGGCGACAUUAGCGAACAGAUCCCCGCUGAGCUGGACUCGCACCGGAUACAGCUGAUCCUUGGGGAAGGCCCUUCCGGUCAUCGAAUGGAGCCAAAAUUUUCUGCCAUGGUGGUUAUGAAGAUAUUCCUAGGUAUGGACGUGCCAGAGGAGCUUCGGAUGGAGGAUGGCCUCUGCCGGAAAAUGAUACGACGACUGGCGAACGAUACUGGAGAGAACAAGAAGGCGAAGCCGGGACCGAUAUCACUAGUGCUUGAGACAAUAGAAGAAUAA